GAGGAGAGGGAUCCACUACUUUGCUCCUCUCCGGUCUAGACAUCACAUCAUUAGCACACUCAGCUAGGCUAGUUAGCUGUUUAUCUUUUCUGGACCAAACAUGUCAACCACGACCGGCGGCGGAGAGUUUGGAAACCCUCUACGAAAGUUCAAGCUCGUGUUUCUGGGCGAACAAAGUGUUGGGAAGACCUCACUCAUCACCAGGUUUAUGUAUGACAGUUUCGACAACACUUAUCAGGCAACAAUUGGCAUUGACUUUUUGUCAAAAACCAUGUACCUAGAAGAUCGCACGGUCCGGCUCCAGCUUUGGGACACUGCUGGACAGGAGCGUUUUCGUAGCCUAAUUCCCAGCUACAUCCGUGACUCUACCAUUGCCGUGGUUGUUUAUGACAUCACCAAUCUUAAUUCAUUCCAGCAAACCUCAAAGUGGAUUGAUGAUGUUAGAACAGAGAGAGGAAGUGAUGUCAUUAUCAUGCUUGUUGGGAACAAAACAGACUUGGCGGAUAAAAGACAGAUCACCACGGAAGAGGGUGAGCAGAGAGCUAAGGAACUGAAUGUCAUGUUCAUUGAAACCAGCGCAAAGACUGGCUACAAUGUCAAACAGCUGUUCCGUCGUGUCGCUGCUGCAUUGCCUGGGAUGGACAGCACACCAGAGAAAAGCAAAGAGGACAUGAUCGACAUCAAACUGGAGAAACAGCCAGAGAUGACUGUCACCGAGAGCAGCUGCUCAUGCUAGUACACCUCACCCUCACCCAGCCUGUCUCCUCCCCACCAACAGCUUGUCUCUCAGUGGCCACUCGCUCCACCCCUGGCUCACCGCCAUCGGGACGGAGGACCCGUCUUUUUUUUUUCAUUUUCAACUCAGUGACUUUUCAGAGUAACCGUGUGGAUGUGCAUUACUGUAUUGAAACAGAUAAUCUGGGGUGGUAGGGGGAAGGGAAUGGUUCAAAAGUAAACAUUUAAAACAAGGAAUACGUUAAACGAUAUGUUCAGAUUUUCAUCCAGUUGCAUGGCAUUAUAUAGGAUUGCAGACUGACAUAGCUAACCGCUCAUGAGUUAUUGCACAGUUCGGAUUCUUAGUGCUGUUACUCUCGUCAUUGUUGUAAAGUAAAACUGCUUGGGAUUAUUUAAAUGACUCUGCAAGGUUGAGUUCUCAGCCCGUUGUAUUUUACUUUUUUAUUUUAAAUGGAGAGUUUGCCUAUAACUAUCCUAUCUCUCAGAUUAUUUCUUGACUUGACUCUUAUUUUGAGGAAGUAGAGACAGGAUCUUACCAGUGAAUUUACAUCAUAUUGCCACAUUAGGCUGAAAAUGGACCCUUUUCAUUAGGUAUUACUUAUACCGAACACAUCUGCCAAAUACAACAGUGUGUUGCAGACCAAAUUCACAUCAUUUGAGACCUUAUUUAAAACAGUGCAAACAAUGAGGUAAUAGAUCAUCAAAGGGAAACCAUCCCACGUUCACUAGAACGCCUACUAACCUGACGCUACGUCUGCAUUUAAACUAUAGCAACUGUCUUUCCAACGCUGUUAAAUUAGCUGCGCGCAUACUAACACGUCUGAGGAGGAGUUUUCCAUUAUUAGAUGCCCCUAAUUUAGGAAAAAAAAACAAAAAAACAAGUGUUUAUUUUUUCCACGCUGAUGGAAAGUUGUCACUUUGGUCGCUAUGACGUACCCGCCAUCUCAUUGAUAAUUUGUGUUGUGUUGAUUACACUAUUGCAAAGAACAUGCAGCAUGCUCACCAUGCAGGAUUUAUAUGGAUAAGAACACAGAUGCCUUGCUUGUUUGUUCACCAACGUUGUGCACUGAAUCAAGCCACACUAUUGUAAAAUAUAACCGAAGCCUGCUGACUGGUUCAUGGCUUCACUAGUUGUUUUGUAGAGCUGGUAGAUAAAGAGUUUGUCCUCAGAUACAGCUAACGCUUAACUAACAAACACCCUUGCUGUAAAAAAAAAAAAAAAGCGCAGAGAGGUUAGUCGCAGUAUCCUUUGCUGUAUCGCUAUCGCCUGUGUAGGACCGUUGGUUUUAUGUGUUUAUUUAUUUUGUAACUUUGACAUACAGAUAUCAUUGUAUGCUUGACCAAAAGUACAGAUUCUGACACGCAUGUUGAAAGUUUAUUUUAUUUAUUGUUUGCGUGUCUGCCGGGACUCCACCUAAAGGCGACACUUGGGCCCGGUAACGUUUUAUCCUGUCACACUGCUAGAAAUGAUUUUAUUACAGUGUGUAGUCAGUAGCUUGGUUUACUGUCACAGAUAAAGGCUGACAUACACAUACACACACACACACACUGUGUAACACAAACCAACUAACUAGCCAUAGCACAACAAAAGACACUGGUCAUUUGCUGUAGCUUGUUUUGAAAUGUCACAACGUUUUAAAAUGUAUUUAAUUACAUCAAAGGACCAUUUUAACAUGAGCAGCUCUUCUAUUACUCGUCACUGACUAAAUACUCAGCUUUGUGCUCUUCUGAAUUGUGUCUGUCCAUUUGAAAUAUGCUGUCUACUCGUGUUUAGCAACGUUUGUGUGAAUAAUGUACUAUUAUUAUCUGAUGUAUAAAAAGGAGAGUUAAUGAAACACAAGUGUAGGCCUAUCACAUGGAAUAAAAUAAAGAUAUUUCACCAAA